GAAAGAGAAAUUAUUGUAACUUUGUGUGAGCUUGAAAUGUAUUUUCCACCUUCUUUCUUUGACAUAAUGGUUCAUGUUACAAUUCACUUAGUUAAGGAGACACAAUAUUGUGGACCACCUUAUAUGAGAUGGAUGUAUCCAAUGGAGCGGUAUAUGAAGAUAUUAAAGGGCUAUGUGAAAAAUAGAAGUCNACCAGAAGGAUGUAUAGUGGAACGAUAUAUACUUGAAGAAGCUAUUGAAUUUUGUACUGAUUACCUCUCUAAUGUUGAAUCAAUAGGACUUCCAAAUUCUCAACGCUUAGCCAGUACCACAAGAGAAGGAAUUUCUGGAAAUACCAUAGUGACCAUAAGCAGGAAAGAUUGGGAGCANGCUCAAUUGUAUAUCCUACAUAAUGACGAUGAAGUUGAGCCAUAUGUUGACAUACACAAAGACUUGAUUACAAAAUUAAAUCCAACUAGGACUGACCAUUGGGUAAGUAGAGAACAUAAUGCAACUUUUAUACAAUGGCUAAAAAGUCAUAUUUUUGCAGAGUUAAAUGUGAAAUCCUCUUCAAUUUCUGACAGAUUGAGAUGGUUAGCCAACGAUCCAAGUUUUCAAGUCUUCGCUUACACUGGUUAUAUGAUUAAUGGGUGCACAUUUUACACUAAAGANCGAGAUGAUCAAAGUACUGUGCAAAAUAGUGGUGUAACUUUGGUGGCUGAAUCAAUGAACAUUUCAAGUGCUAAAGAUAGAAGUCCUAUAUAUGCAAAUAUGUCAUACUUUGGGGUAAUUGAACAUAUAUGGGAGUUGGAUUACAUCACAUUUCGGGUACCCAUAUUUGGUUGCAAGUGGGUUGAUAACAAUAAUGGAGUUCGACAAGAUGAAACAAGAUUUAUGCAAGUGAGUUUUAAUAAAGUGGGGUACAAAGAUGAGCCAUUUAUUUUAGCAUCACAAGCUCAACAAAUUUUUUAUGUCACUGAUCUGGUUGAUGUCAAUUGGUCAAUUGUGUUGUUGACCAAUAAAAUAAACGANCCUUCCAAUGAUGAUAUAGAGGAUGAAUAUACAAAUAUUGAAGAUGAUCCUUUGUAUCAAAUAUCAUAUGAUGAUGAUCCAAUAACAGAUGAUAUCUUGUAUAGGAGAGAUGAUCAUGANGAAGGAAUUUGGAUAAAUCCAUCAUUUUGUGUCCAUAAGAAACCUAAGUCUUUAAACUUCAAAUCAAAGAAGAAAAGGUUAAAUUAUUAUUCUUAUGUUUAUCCCUUUUUACUAAUGUUAUCCUUUUUUUUUAUCUGAAUCACUUUUAUUACAGGUAAAUGACAACUCCUAUUGAAGAUGAUAUUCCUUCUCCCAACCAAGCUAAAGGGAAGAAAGGUAUANUGAUGAUGAAGAAGAUCAUUAAAGCUAGAAGUGAGGGAAAAAAAUUUGCGGUUUCAUGGAAUGUAAAAGGUCAACCCAUUGAACCCGGUGGCUCAAACUUCAUUAGUUAUCUUGGAUCCAUUGUUCGAGCAAAUGUGCCUAUAACUUAUGAUGAUUGGAAAGAUUCAAGUUUGGAUGCCUAUAAAGAGCUCAUUUGGAAUAAUAUACAAGUAAUGUUUACUACUUCUUUUAAAUGUAUGUGUUAUGAUUUCCAAACAGUUUUUUUCUAAGUAUUUUUUUGGACAGCUAACUUUCAAUGUAGAUAAAUGUCACAAGAUGUUUGUAUUGAGGAAGGCUGGGUUGUUGCUUAGGAGUUUUAGGACUUACUUGGCCCAUAAAUAUCUAAAGGAUGACAAUGGAGAUUAUUUAGAGAAUCCUCCUAAUCAACCUCCUGCGGAUUAAUCUUCCAUUAUUAGUGAGGACAUUUGGAGAAAGUUUAUUGCAAAACGUAUGGAUAAAACUUUCAAGGAAAAAAGCAUACAAAAUAAGGAAAGAGCAUCAGGCUCUAAGUACCCUUAUAGGGGCUCUCGUAAGGGGUAUGCCCGCAUAGAACAAGAUAUGGUAAGUCUGUUUAUCAUUUCAGAUUAUGUAUUUGAGUGGGGUGGCUACUGCUAGUGAUUCUUGCUUUGAUCCCUUCCUUUGAGGUUUAUGUUGAUGCUUUCUUAUGUUUGAAUCCAGGCCUGACCUACUGCUAAUCUAGGCCUGAUCUACUUUUUAAAAAGGCCUGGUCCACAUCUGAUGUAAGACAAUGGUAGAUUAGGCAAGGUUAUUAAUAGUCUGGCACCGUAGCAUUUUUCUUUCAGCACUAGUGUAGUGAUUCAUAUAAAUGGUAAGAGUUACAA